AGUUGUCAGUUGCACGCGUUUGCUCCGUUUAGUUAGUGGUGUUUUCCGUAGACCGCAAACUAUUAAAAAGAAAGUUGCAGACUAUUAGAAAUAUGUAUAUUAUUAUGAAUUAACUGUACAAUGAUUUGAAUGGACAGUUAACAAGGUGCGGUGUUAUCCGGCAAACCGUGACAUAAUCUCGAAAUAAUACCUCGCAUUAGUUUCCAAUUCUUGGAAAGUUGGAUUGUCAUCCGGCAGUUUCGGAUGCACUAACAUCAUGAGGUGGUGGUUGUUAGUAUUGGGCUUGGCGGCCAGCGCGCCGUCAGCCCUGUCCGCCGGGUACUGCUCCGUGCACACGUUCCCGACCAACUCCACGUGGAUGCAGUUCACCAAGGAGCCAGUGCCCUUCGAGUACGGCUUCGAGGAGAAGUUCAAGAGCAUCCAUUGCUGUGUUAAAGGAUAUAGGAGCAUCGAAUGGUUCAAAGACGGGGUGGCGUACCCGUGGUCCGCAGGAGUUUCGAACCUGAUCCUGUACCCGGAGGCGGCCAACCAAACGCUGUACACGCGGCGGGCGGCGCGCGCGGACUCCGGCAAUUACACCUGUCGCCUCAGCAACGAGACCCACGUAGAGACGCACACCGUGCGGCUCGAUAUACUCGAAAAACCGACUGACGCUCCGAGAACAAUGUUCAUUUCAAAAGAUCAGUGGGUGGAGGAGGGGGGUGACUUGCGCCUGUACUGCGAAGCGCUCAUCGGUCGAUCGUAUUUGGCGGACGCGCAUAGUGAUCUACGAUGGAGAAAGGUGUGGUCCAAUGGUACUGAAGGAGACCUACCGCGCACACAGACUGAAAUUAAGACGUCACGGGAGGACGUGGCGGACAUCAUCGGCUCGUAUCUGCAGGUGGCGCACGUGUCGGCGCAGGACUACGGCACGUACGUGUGUCUGGUGCACAGCAACGACGUCGUCUCGCGCAGCUACGUCACCGUACACUACAGAUUAAUCGGUGCAGACGGCGCGCAGACGGGCCCGGGCGCGUGGUGCGGCGGCGCGGCGGUGCCGUGGCGCGCGCUGGCGCUGGGCGCGGCGGGCGGCGCGCUGCUGCUGCUGUCGGCGGCCGCGCUGCACCGCCGCUGCACGCCGCGCCUGCUGCUCGCCGCUCGCCACGCGCGCGCCCGCGCACACACCAACGCGCAACGAGCUAGAAUUCUAGAGAAGGAGUUCGACGUGCUGGUGUGCUGGACGGCGGUGGACGGCGAGCUGGUGCGCGGCGCGCUGCUGCCCACGCUCGCGCUCAAGUACAAGUACCGCGUGCACUCCGUGCCGCUCGCCACGCAGCCCGACACAUGGUACAGCGAGCUGCUGGGCGAGGCGUCGCGGUGCCGGUCGCUGGUGGCGGUGCUGUCGCCGGCGCAGUACUCGCCGCAGCAGCUGCUCACGGCGCUGCGACAGCUGCGGUCGCUGCCGCUGCCGCCCGUCGUCGUACUGCUGCAGGAUCUGCCGAAACUGAAGCGCGAGGCGAAGGAGGGCGGCUCGACGCUCGUGCGCACCCUCCGCGGCACGCGCCUCGUGGCCUGGCGCCACGUGCACGAGCGCGCCUUCUGGACCGCGCUGCGCCUCGCGCUCCCGCUCCCGCCGCCGCCGCCGCCGCCCCCGCCCGUCGCACACGCGCACCACCACGGAGCCAAACCAAAUCCGAAUGAAGUGGACGACAACAAAAAUUCCCGUUCGGGAAGUUUGACGGCGCUCGUGUAAACAGACGCUGCGGUGCGACGCCGAGUGACAGAACUCACGUGCGAGAUGUGGGCAGCCCCAAUGUGUAUAGAACUAGUGAUAAUGAAGUGUUAGACACUGACGCGCCAGUAUUGUGGACCGCGGAGGGACUCGCGCCGGGACGCGCCGGGAUGCGCCGGGACGCCGGGACGCGCGAGUGCGGCCUGUUUGUAUAAAGACUGUGAGUAGAUAUAGUUUAGCGUUAAAAGCAAAUAUCACAUUAUGAUAUUCUAGCAUUUCGAAUUUUCUUAUACAGUUUUCAAAGAUCUCAGUAUCUUUUUUUCACUUUCCUACUACUUAAAUGUUAAUGUAACUAUUAAUUUCUCUUUGUGCCAAAGGGAAAUUCUUUAUCAUGACAAUUUACAUAAUAAGAUGGUAGUAUUAUGGUUGUAUUGGUAUUUAUUUAUCUUAAGCAGUCUUGUUUCUUGUUUACUUCUUCUACUUAAAGUAUUAUGCGUUCGCGAAGAGCGAAAUGUCACUCGAUGUAAGUUUUUUUAUGGUUUCCUGUCGUGCGCUUCGGAAAUGUUUGUGGUCCGAUAUUGUAUGGCAUUUAGCAUUAAUGUAUAUUAAAUAUUUAUCUCAAUGGAUGUGUCUGGGUGUAGGGGGGAGGGUGCUAGGAAGCGAGACGAUUCAGGGUUCUGUGAUAAUUGAAGAGUGGAUAUUGUUACGAGAACGCACCAGUGCGCCGGCGACUGUACAAACAUUAUUUACCAAAACAUAUGCGCGAAUGGGCACUGUUUAAAUCGUUGGCGCACUGCUGCCUCUUCGAAAACUUAUUUUUUUUACCUUUUAAUACUAAACUUAGAAUGUUGUUUUAGUGUUGAUGUACAUAUAUUAUGAAUCAAAAUGUAUGUUUGCAGCUGUUGUCAGCGUUAAGUUUAGUUUAAUAUGUGAGUAGUUAGUAAUUUGAACUUUUUGUAGCAUUAUUACUCGUUACAUUCCGCGGUUUAUUGAUUCUUUUAAGUUCAUUUAAAAUGAUUGUGAAAAGGAAUAAAUUACUUACUUUAAA